AUGGCGAUCUGUACUUAUAACGCACGCACGCUUGCAUCGGAAGCGGCCAUCGAAGAUCUGAUGAUGCAAGCCAAGAAGAUCAAGUACGACGUCAUCGGACUGACCGAGACGAGACGACGUCACCCUCUCAACGCCGUAUAUGAAACUGGAGAAGAACUGUUCUUAGGAGCAUGCGACAGUAGAGGUGUUGGUGGAGUUGGCGUCCUCGUCAACACGAGUAUGGCAAAGAACAUCGACUCUUUUGAACAACUUACGACCCGAAUCGGACGUCUGCGGAUGAGAAGAUGUGGCCCAAUACCAGCUUUGACUAUCUUCGUCGUUUACGCUCCAACAUCAAGCUACGAAGAAGAAGAAGUCGAAGCUUUCUAUAUGGACCUGGAGAAGUUCUACCAAGAAGAUCAUGCCUUCUACAAGGUCAUAGUUGGCGAUUUCAACGCUAAGGUUGGCCCAAGAAGAACGCCGGAGGAACUUCACAUCGGGACCCACGGCCUACAAUGGAAUGACCAGGGAGAGAGGCUCUCCGAGUUCAUCAUGACGACUAAGACCAUCCAUGGGAACUCGCAAUUUCAGAAGCCCUCUUCUUUACGCUGGACGUGGGAGUCACCCGGUGGAGGGUACCGUAAUGAAAUAGACCACAUCAUCGUCAAUAAAAGGUUCUGCCUGACGGACGUCGGUGUUGUACCAAAGUUCUAUACGGGAUCGGACCAUCGCCUCCUCCGAGGAAGAUUUUCCUUCACAAGGAGAGCAGAGAAAGCCGCCAAGUUCAGAGAGAGAAAUCCCAGGACUACCAUCAACUGGGAUCUCUUCGCUACGCUAGCCGGCUUUUGGGAAGAUUCCGCAAUGGACAACAUCGACGAGGAAUAUGACCGGCUUGUCGAACACCUUCACGACUGCGCGAAGAAGGCUGAGAGUUUUAAAACCACCAAGAGGCGCCUGUCUCUUGAAACUCUUGAGCUGAUACGCCAGCGUGGAGCAGCACGAGCCGCAGGGAACCAAGAACUCACGUCCGAGCUCGCAAGGCUUUGCCGAGAGGCGAUAAAGGAAGACCUUAAAGAGAGAAGAGCAGAAGUGCUGGCUGAAGCUGCAGAGGCGGGGAAAAGCAUCCGCUAUGCCCGUCGAGACUUCGCCAGUCGCAAGACGAGGAUGACUGCUCUCCGGAACCCAAAGGGAACAGCCAUUGCAUCGAGAAGGGGGAUGGAGAAAAUCAUCUACGACUUCUACUCUGAUCUCUUCGACAGCCAUGUCCACUUGCCUCCUCACCAUCUGAGGGAAGAUGGACAAGUCAUUCCAGAGGUUCUCCCGUCCGAAAUACGACAUGCUAUCAUGUCGGUAAGAAAUCGUACGGCACCCGGUCCCGACAGAAUAAGACCAGAACACCUGAAGAGCCUUCCGCCAGUACUCAUCAACACCCUGGCGAGGCUCUUUACACGUUAUCUGUCGGAAUGCAAGGUUCCUAAACAGUGGAAGACCAGCAAGACCGUGUUGUUGUAUAAAAAGGGAGAUCCACAUGACAUCGGCAACUAUCGCCCAAUCUGCCUACUGUCCGUCAUCUACAAGCUCUUUACAAGAGUAAUCCUUAAUAGGAUUGAAAAAGUCUUGGAUGAAGGACAGCCAUGCGAGCAAGCAGGGUUUCGAAAAGGAUUCAGCACGAUUGACCACAUUCACACUGUUUCGAAACUCAUCGAGGUAUCACGAGAGUACAAGAUGCCGCUCUGUCUCACCUUCAUCGACUUAAAGAAGGCUUUCGACUCGGUUGAGACGGAAGCGGUCGUGGAAGCCUUGGACAACCAAGGCGUCCCUACUCAAUAUAUAAAGGUACUUCGAGAGCUGUACAGUAACUUCACGACCGGAAUUUCGCCAUUCUACAAGAACAUCAUCAUUGACGUGAAGAGGGGGGUCCGACAGGGUGAUACAAUUUCACCCAAAAUAUUCACAGCCACCCUCGAGAACGCAAUGCGAAAGUUGGAAUGGGACGACAUGGGAGUGAAGGUUGAUGGUCGGCAGCUACACCAUUUGCGCUUUGCUGAUGACAUCGUACUGGUAACACCUAGCAUCAGCCAAGCGGAACGAAUGCUGACCGAAUUCGACGAAACAUGUGGAUGCAUCGGUCUUCAGCUGAAUCUACAAAAGACGAUGUUCAUGCGGAACGGAUGGGUCUCGGAUGCCCCAUUCACGCUCAACGGAACGAACAUAUCCGAGUGCACCAGCUACGUUUAUCUGGGUCGGGAACUGAACAUGAUGAACGACCCGACCCCCGAGCUGGGCAGGAGGAGACGAGCGGCUUGGGGAGCGUACAAGAGCACCGAGGAUGUAGUGAAGAAGACCAGGAACACCCGGCUCCGUGCUCACCUCUUCAACACCACCGUACUUCCUGCAUUGACCUAUGCUUCGGAAACCUGGGCAUUUCGCAAGCAGGAUGAAAACGCGGUGAGCGUCAUUGAACGCGCAAUUGAGAGAGUGAUGCUAGGAGUAUCCCGUUUCACGCAAGUGAGGGACGGGAUUCGAAGUUCUCUCCUACGUCAGCGAUCGAAGAUUAGAGACGCCGCCGCGUUUGCCAAGGAAAGUAAAAUAAGGUGGGCCGGACACGUGAUGCGCUUUAAUGACAACCGUUGGACCAGAGCCGUGAGCGACUGGGUUCCCCGCGAUAUUAAGCGCACUACAGGAAGACCGCCGACCCGAUGGUCAGAUUUCUUCACGAAGUCCUUGAAAGAAAAAUAUGAUGCUCUUCGUGUCCCACGCGAAAGGAGGAACCACUGGGCUACUCUGGCACGCGAUCGGGACAAAUGGAAGAAUUACUGGCGCCCGCUCGACCAGUUCGAAGAUCAACGGGAGUCAAGGUGA